AUUAAUCACCGGGCUAGCGCCGGGCACGAUCACGACGAAUGGCUGUACCCAGGUACCCGUUCCGCGUUGCGUUGCGUAGUUCCUUCUUCGCUGGUCGAAUUCUCUUCACUUAGCUUCAGCUGUCGGUCAACAAGACAUGGCAGGAAAGGAUAUAGGCCUGGGUAAUUUUAAUGGUAUUGAAAAGUACUCAUCUGACCUUCCUUUUACCACAAUUAUGUAGUUACAGCCUAGUGAUGAUCCCAUUUUGAUGCGAACAUUUUGGAGACAUGGACAGCGCCAUUUUGGAAUUCACGCCCUCUGCAGUUAAAUGUCGAAUAAUGUUUUUGGGGAAUUCGAUCUCAAGAAGACGUUUAUAUUCUUUGAAAAUUACCAUUUUACAAUCAUCAUCUACCAUUUUGAUGAAUUCUAGUGUGAAGCAAGAUGAAUACUCCUCCAGAAGUGAUGAAUAUGGGAUCACCAGAGGAGUACCAUGAUCCAGGCCUUCCAGGGCAUCACUUUGACCUCUCAGUUCAACCACAGGCAUGGAAGGAUGGGAGUCAGUCUACAACAGUCCUGCAACCAAAUGGAGGUUAUGAUGACAAGCUUGAUGUGAAAGAAGAAGAAGAGCAAGAGACGAGGGAGAGGGGGCAUGAAGAAUAUGAAAAGGUGAAUGAGGAAGAUGAGGAAUUCAGCUCGGCACCAUCAUCAGGAUCAUCUGGAGAUGAGGCUGAUGAUGAUGAAGACAAUGAGGAUGAUCAAUUAGAUAGAGAGAGUUUGACACAUGAGCAGUCUUCGAGAAGAGGUAGUCAUUCAGAUGAAUCAGAGAGUGAAGAUCCAGAAUCUUCAAGAGAACAAAUAAACUAUGGUCUUGGUAAACCAAUAGGUACUAGGAAUAGAGAGGUUGAUGAGGAUGUGGCUAUACAUGAAGAAAGUCACACAGCUCAUGAUGUCCAUGAUGAUCUCGAAGGCUCUCGGAGAGAGAUGAACCAAGGGGACAUAGAAGAGGAAGAUGAUGAAGAAGAUGAAGGGGAAUAUGAGGAUGAGAAUGAUGAGGAAGAUAGAAUUAAAGAGACACAAAAACUUGUUGCUAAGAUCGAGCAUGAUAUCCAGGGCCUGCGAUUCCAGGCAAAACAACGCGGGCAUCUGCUUUCAGAUCUACACAGGUACGGUGCACAAAACCAGCAGCGAAGAAAGGAACAAGAAUAUAUGAAGCAGUCUUCUAAGGAACCAACAAGCAGCCCUCACAGGACAGCACCGCAACCAAAGCCCAGUGACGAAGGCAAGAUAAUUGAAAGGCCAGUGUCUAUCAAACUGCGCCUUAGAACUCGGAGCACAUCCCCUAAGACACAGCAGGAGCAGUAUGCUUUACCCCCGGUUGUGAAGGCUAAACCAGGAAAAGUGAUAAAGCGUGUUUUGAGAAUAGGAAAGCAGCUUGGUCGAUGGGAAGCAUGGAAGGAGAGCUUAGCUGCUAAAACAGAUAGUGAACUGGCAAAGAUCAUGAUGGACCACAUGGACAAGUCCUAUUUUCAGCAAUUCAUGGCUCCUCCAAAACCAGAGAAAGGCCUGAAACGGAAAAAGAAAGAGAGCCUCAAACAUCAGAGGAAGACAAAAAAACCUAAGCAAGUGAAAGUCGAGAAACCUGAAGAAUGGGCCGAUGGUUAUCUUGAUGACGAUGAUAUUGAUGAUAUAUAUGAUCCAGUCGAAGAGAAGGAUGACUAUGACUAUGAUCCAGCUCGCGAUUCUGAAGCCUUUGGAGCCUAUAAGACAUCAAAUCCAGUGAGAAAUAAGAGGAAAUCCCAGAGACCUCGGAAGUUGAUGGAUGUGAACUCCAGCCCUCGACAAUCCAGGAUGACCAAAUCUACUACACGCCAGCCAAAGAGAUCCCUUAAGGUCCAGAAGAAUAGGGAGCAAGAAGGUGGAGAAGCACCUGUUGUACAGCUAAAGAAGAGGGGACGGAAACCGAAACCAAAACCGAUUAUCAUCAAGACUGAAAAGAAGAAGAGAAGAGCUCCCAGGAUACACACUGGUGGAAGGAGACCUUCUGUGAUGAGUACUUUAAAAAACCUUGACUGGAAUGCUCUUCCAAGGCGCUAUGAGUGCAAGAUCUGUUGCCUUCGGUUGGAUGGAAUCGAUACCUUCAGGUCUCACCUAGAAUCAGUGCAUGGUGCUGAAUAUCUGAAAUCCAAGGAACCAACCAAUCCUGCUGUAGAGGAUAAUUCAAAUGAUGGGCAGGAGGCAGAGAAACACUUCCAUGGUUCAGAGAAGCAGUUCCAUGACCCUGGGAAACAUUAUGAAGACCUGGGCCAUCUGCCUGACCAACAUUCAUCUAUGCAGGAGAGUGAGCAACGCAGAAUGGCAGAGAGUGAGAUGUAUCGGACAAUGGCUUACGGGCCAGAUAUGGUGGAUGCGAGACGCUUUGAGAUGAUGCCGCCGUUCAAGAGGCAUCUUCAUGAAAGCUAUUCCAAUGAGUGGGGUAAAAUGCAAGGAAAUAUGUACAGUAGACCCUUGGCAUCAGGCCAGAUGAUGCCUGGGGAACAGUCCUGGGGGCCUAACCGAGGGUAUGAUGCCAUCCCUGGCUACCGGAAGCAUUAUGAGGAUGGGCGGGAGUGGGGUAAGAGUGGGGGGCAGUACCCCCAUGUUAUUACAUCUCUUGGACAGAAUAUGCAAAUGGGAAUUGAUGGAGGAGGAGGGGGUGGGCAUAGACAGGAGCAACAUGGGGAAGGGUAUAACAUGCCUGAAGGUAAUCUUAUGGGAAUGGACUCUGCCCCCUCCCAGGACAACACUUAUGUUGAUAUGAAUUUGAGGCACAGUGAAGAAAAUACACAUCCGAAUGAUGAGGAUGUAACGCAGGAGAGGACAGAGAGGGUUGAAGAAAGUGUAAGUGACCAAAGACCAGAAAAGGAAACUGAACAUGACACUGAAUCAAGAUCAAAUGAAGGCAUCAAAGAGGUUGAAGAUGGGACUAAUGAGCAACAAGAUGAUGAUGACCAGAAGGAAGAUGAAGAUGAGCCUGGAAUGAAAAAGAAGAGAAAGAAAACAAAACCUGUCAAAGAGUGGGAAGAAAUAGACAGGUGGGCCAACACAUUUGUUCACUGUCCACAAUGUGAUGACUAUAUUCGCUUUCGUCCUGGGCAGAAGAACUUCCAUUUUGCUGUGCAUGCAGAGCGUCGUCUGUGCCAAGAGUGUGGGAAGAUGUUUACCAAAGAGGCUUUCAGAGCUCAUGUCCGAGUUCACCAGGCUAAGAAACUGGGAGAAGUCCUCAAGCACAUCUGUGAAGUCUGUGGCAAAGGCUACCGCUUCAAGUGCAGCUUGAGCUCUCACAUGCGCUGCCACACAGGAGAGCGGGAAUUUGAAUGUAAGAUAUGUGGUAAGAAGUUCCUCUCAACCCAUGGGCUGGAGAAACACGAACUGGUCCAUCGUAAAGUGAAGCCCCACAUGUGCCCUGAUUGUGGGCGUGGCUUCACCCAGUAUCAUAACAUGCUUGCCCAUCGGAGACAACACACCGGUGAGAAACCCUACCGCUGUAACUUCUGCGAUCGUUCAUUCACUCACAAUGUCAGUCUGAAGAAUCACAAGAAGAAGGAGCAUGGGGUGGAUCUAUGGGCAGGAUCUGGUGGUAAACCGCCAUCCUCAAGUCGUCAGCGGUCCAAGUCAACAAAAAGUGCCCCUACAGUUCCUGUCAGUCCUCCUGUACCCCAACAGCCACCUUCACAGCCAAAGCCAUCAGUGCCAAGUGAAAGAGAGUUAAUGCAUACAUUAGAUCCUACACAGCUCUAUAACAUGAUGCCCACCCUUGAUUAUGGGCAUUACUAACUUAUUGUUACUCGCCAUUUUUUAUAUUUAUUUAUUAUGCUUAUUUCGAUAUAUUCAUGCAGAUUAACAAAUCAUGUCUUCUACUAAUCUACUUGUGUAGCAUGGUCUGUGACUAGCGCGAAUAAUUCUGCUCUGAUUGUGUUUAUCAUUGACUUGAGUCUUAGCAACAGAUUCCAAGCAUUGUAUUACAGUAUAAUAUUGAAUUUUGAUUUACAAUGCUUUUUAGAAUCUAGUAUCUGAAAUACAGCAUUGUGGUUUUUAAAGGUUUUGUGGCAACAACUGAAGUCAAAGUGUAUUUAAAGUUGUAAAUGGUAUAAAUGGUAGUGAUUUUUUUACCUGAUUGCUAGGAAAGCAUGAGUGCUUGUCAGUAAGCAACCAGAGGACUGGUGGCUUAAGGUCCUCUCUGAGGGACCUGGUAAUGAGGAUUAAUGCCUUACCAAAGGGCACUAGCACACCAAGUGGGAAUCUAACCCGGGUCACCGGAAUCCGAAACCCCUGCCUUACCGACUGAGUUAUCGCGCAUUAAAAUUUCACUAUUGUUUGGUACCAGCUGGCAAUUUUGACUCACACUUAUACUGAAAAGGCCUAGAACAAUAGAGAUGGUUCACUAAACUUAGUUAUGUGCUUUUGUCGUGUCAAUGUGAGUCCAAGAAGCCAACUGAUACUACUUGGUGAGUAAAAAAAACUUGAUACAUCAUAAAUCCCAAUUUAAGGGGAAAAUGUGCCAUAAACACAUAAUUAUAUAUGACCUGGAAUAGUAUUUUCUCCCAAAUAAUUUGAUAUUGGAUAAUCAGAAGGUAUUCUUUGCUUUGAUGUCAAUUUUUUGCCAAAUUAAGGCAUGAUUCCAAUUAAUGAAUCCAGAUGUCAAUGAUGUCAUCCAUUACAAAACACUGUUUUUCAAUAAUUAACAUAAUUGUUUAAAAAAAAAAAUCUUUAGUAUAAACUCUAAAGUAAGUUUCAUUGAAAAGGGGUUUGCAAUGACGUUUACGGCACCUCAUGUAGGAUUAUGACAUCAUUAGCAUUUUGAUUCAUUCAUUGCAACCGUGCCUUACUUUUUAGCGCAAAUCAAACUUUAUAUUCCAUCACAGUAAAGAAUACCUCCUGAUUAUCCAAGUGUAAACAUACACCACAUAAAUAUGGUAUCAGAUUAUUUGGGAGAAAAUACUCUUUUAAGCCAUAUAUGAUAAUUAUGUGUUCAUGACAAUUUUCUUCCUUAAAUUGGGAAUUUGUGAGAUGUCAAAAUUUUUUUUUUACUCAAACGGUAUAUAAUUUCUUGUUAAUUCAUGCUAAAGUCUUGCCUGUACGUUUAAGGAAAUAUCAGUGAUCUUCAGAAAAUAAGCACAUUGAAGAACAGUGGGUAGAUGCUUCACUAUUAAAAAAAAACUGUAUAUUGAAACUGCAUGAGGGUUUUAUUUGAGUGACUUUUGCAAAUGAAAUUAAAGUCUAAUGCUACAUAAUGCAAAAAUAUUUUGAGUUACAUUCAUUUUCCAAAAAUGCAUAGACUUAAUAUGUGAACUCAGCAAAGUGAAUGACGUGCACAUGGACCAGAAGCCACUCAUUAAUCUAACAAAAAUAUCUGAAAUUCUGAACACAAAAUUAGAACUUACCUUGUGUUAUUGGAUGGAUGCUUCAUGUUUAAUGUGCCGAUUUUGAUCUUAGUGUAUUGGAUGUGAAGUUGGUACUAUUUUAUAACUUCAUCAAUGAAUAAAAUCAUGAACUACAUGUACAUGUAAGACACAUCUGCCCUGUUAUACUUGCUUUCAUGGUGAUAUGUGUGUAUCAUUGGAGCAAAUUUCAGAGUGUAAUUUUGAUAUUUUUUCUGAAGUUUCUCCCCUUCUAAAUAUGAUUACUUGUAUGCAGAAUAUCUUCCUU